CUCGAGACGAUCCAGGCAGCGCUGGUUGCUGAUCCAGGCAACGCACAGCAGACGGCGCAUAAGGGCGAGGUCGUGACGGCGCUCAAGGCGCGCCUCGCGGAGGUGAUGGCGAAGCUGGAGAACGACGCAGACAAUGAGGAGAUGCUCACCCUCGCCGCCGAUCUUGGAGAGGUGAUCGAAAAUGCCGAGAAGUAG